AAAUAUUUUUUUUCGUUGCUUUAGUUCAUUUAUCAAAAUGAUAAAUAACCAAAAAAAUUAUUGAUUUUAAAAACCACAAAUAUUGAUUAAUCAAAAUUGUGACUAUCAUUAUCACUAAUAAAUAUAUAUUAUACACUUAUAUAAAAUAAGUAAUAUAAUCAAUAAAAGAAUGAAAUUAUGAAUUAUAUAUGGUUAAUAUGGUGUAUUCUAACAUGGAUAACAGCUAUCUUAUGUACCAUUGGUUGUUUAUUACCAUAUUGGUUAGAUGGUAAAAUUUUUUCCAAUUAUGAAAUCACUACUCAUGAACAAAAUCUAAUAAAACAUACUACUACUAUUACUACUACUUAUUCUAAAGAUAUAUCAAGUACAUUAAAUUUAUUUCGUCGUUGUAUUUAUCCAGUAUAUACAAAUGUAAUCACAGAUAUUUUAUCAGAAAAUCCAUUUAAAGCAAAAUUAUUUUUUAAUCAACCAAUUCAUUAUAGAUUAAAUAUAAAACAACAUUAUUUAGAAUCAUCUCUUAUUCAUAUACAAACUAAUUGUGGUUAUUAUCAAUUUUUUGAUAUACCUCAUAUAGCAUGGAGAUUUAGUUUAAUCUUAUUAAUUAUAAGUUGUUGUAGUUUAUUUUUUUUAGCAUUUCUAUUAUCAUUUACUGGGUGUUAUUUAAAUUUUCUAUGGAGAUUAAAUAUACAUCGUAUAUGUCAAUUAGGAUUAUUAUUAACUGGUCUCUUAAUCCUAUUAUGUUGCAUCCUGUUUCCUAUUGGAUGGUCUGACAAUGAUGAAAUUAUUCAAAUAUGUGGUGAAAGGCGUUCACGAUUCGAUCUAGGUCACUGUCAACUUGGAUGGGCCUAUGUCGUAACAAUAAUGAGCGGUUUAUUAUCAAUCUUUAGUUCUGUCUUUCCAAAUCUAUGCUUUCCAAAGAUACUAUUUGAAAUUAAACAAAAUAACAAAUCUCAGCGUAUUAAACCUAAUGAAAAACAAACAGAUGAUGGAUUAAUACCACAUUUUUUAUCACAUGACUUGUCAAUGACGCCAACAAUUUUAGCACCAGCCACACCAGGUGGACCACCAUCAAUUGAAACUGUAUCAACUAGUUUACGUACGUCUGAUCCACGUAUUCAUCAUGUUGGUUUUGAAUCACCAUGGUUAAAAACUUGGGCUUGCUUAAAUACACCCACUCAACAUCAAUCACAUGGGCCAGUGGUACUAAUACACCCAGAUUAUAAUUUAUCUUCAUAUUCAGGUGGUUAUUAUAAUGGAGAUAAUCAAUUAGGCUAUAGUCAAGGAAGUUUAGAUGACACUUCAUCAGUCGGGAAAGAGAAGAAAUCUGCUAUUGUUAAUUCAAUGAAACCAGAUGUCUCCAAAAAUUUAACGCAAAACAUAGAAAACAAUAAAAGUAACAAUUAGAUGGGUGAUAUGGAACAAGUUCACAUUAUCUUACAUGAUCUUUCACAUUAUGUAUUAAUUCAUAAUACAUGAACUAUUUCCACAGUUCUUACCUAAGUCAAAGAAAAUGUUUCACAUACACUGACUUUAUCUUUUGCAUAUAUAUAUAU